AUCGCCUUGUACACUACAAAAACACCAUGGCAUCGCCGCUGAUGCUCGCCACUAUGCGCAUACAAUCGCAUCCGCAUAUCUUGAACAGCACAUCUUAUUUCGAAUCAAUUGAACAUGGCUGAGCCCAUUCCCGCCGAGGAGCAAUCCAACUACGAAACAUUCCGCGACUGCAUGAGCGAGGUGGUCCUCAAAGCGCUCGCCGCGCCGACAGAGAAGCCCAAGCCGAAGAAGAAGCGCCACGCGAAAAAGGGAUCAAAGAGCGGGAAAAGCGACGUUGCACGGCAGGACAAAGCGGUAGAAAACAGCACCCAGGAUUCGCACACCAACGACGCCGAAGACCUAGGCGAAUUCAUCGAAUACCUCAGCGCCCUCGUCUUCCCCAGCCUGCCCGCUUCCCUCCGUACGCUCACCCACGCCCUCUUCACAUCCACCCCUUGGCUCGAAGAAACGUACUCGCCCCCGCUCUCCGCCGCAACAUGCACCGACCUGCUGACGCGCAUGCCGCCCGUCGCCAUCGACAGCCUGGAAUCGUACGCCCUCCUCCCGCCAGCCUCGGACCAAACAGACCACCACAACCUCCUCACCCCGCUCUUCACCGCGUACAUUAAUGCCGUCACGGCGCCCCCGCCCGUCUGGUCCAGCACACGCACCGAGGCCUGCCAAUUGUGCGGUAGGGAUUGGGUCCCGCUGACGUACCACCACCUGAUCCCCAAGUCUGCGCAUGCACGCGUGCUGAAGCGCGCGUGGCAUGCCGAGGAGAUGCUGAAUAGCGUGGCGUGGUUGUGUCGGGCGUGUCAUAGUUUUGUGCAUGGGCUUGUGGGGAAUGAGGAGUUGGCGCGGAGUUUUUAUACGGUCGAGUUGAUUGUUCAAGGGGGGGUGCAGGGCGAUAGCGAGGUCAAGGAGAGGGUGGAGCGCUGGGUUAAGUGGGUUGGAGGGGUCAGGUGGAAGAGUCGGUGAUUUUGAUGAGUUAUUUGAGAGGGUGAAGAAGAAGAAGGGAGAAGUGGGAGAGUGGGAGAGUGAAUGUAGUAGUAGUAAAUCAUGAUAUUAAAAUUUCCAUAUCGGAGAUGUUGAAAUCAUCUCUCUGAACCUUCAACCCUGCUCUGUUAGGUUGAGGUAAAAUGUUGGUGGGGGAUGGGGGUAUCUAUGCUAAAAUGGUCCAACGCUUCAUGCUAUCAUUGCCAAUGCCCAAUGCCAAAUAAUGCUACACACACACUGAUUUCCCUUGCAAUGCAAAAAAAAAAAGAGUCCCUAGAACAAACGAAAAAGAAAAAGAAAGGAUGGCUGAUUCUCCU